UAAAUGUACAGUAUGCAAGUGUGUGAAAGAGAUAGACACACGCAGACGAUUUGGGACACGGCUGACGGCAGCACUCUGAAGUAAACAAUAAUAGAGGAAAAUUUUGAUUUUUGUCCCGUUCAGUUUUUGGUGUGUGCCAUCGCAUGAAAGCAUUGGUGGACAUGUUUUUGUUUCUCUUCAAGUCCAAGUACCGGCGGAAACGGACUAUAGCCGACUUCACUUGUAUUCUAGUAGUGCUGGUGUCACUUUUAGUGUCUGUGAUCGAUUGCAUUGAAGACAAAUGCACACAAGACUUGGACUGCGGCAACGGUUUUUGCCAAAACGGCACAUGCAUUUGCCACGACGGAUGGCAAGGCUCUCAGUGUCAGUACUGCGGUGGUAAAGUCAAGCUCAAUGGAACUUCCGGUGUUAUUUUUGAUGGUAUUGGAAAUUACUCGCUGGAUGUUAAAUGUAGUUGGUUAAUUGAAGCUGGAAAUUCUACCAAUUCAACAAUAAGGCUUCAUUUCGAAGAGUUUAUCACUGAAUGUGGUUGGGAUCAUUUGUACAUUUAUGACGGCGACAGUGUUCAUUCUCCGUUACUCGGCGUUUACAGCGGCUUGAUGUAUACAAAAUAUUAUUCGCUGCAAAGUGUGCCCGAAGUAGUUGCUCAUUCAGGAUUUGCACUGUUGCAUUUUUACAGUGAUAUAGCUUAUAAUUUAUCAGGAUUUAAUAUUACAUACAGUUUAAACUCUUGUCCGAGUACCACGUCCAUGGUCGAAUGUUCAGGCAAUGGUGUCUGUAUCGAUUCUGUAUGCACUUGUGACGCCAAAUUUAUUGGUGAAGCUUGUCACAUUCCUAUUUGUCCUAAUAAUUGUACUGCCAGUAACGGAGUGUGUGAUAGCCAACAACACCGCUGCAUUUGCAAUUCUAAGUACAGAGGAGAUGAUUGCAGUCAAGUAGCUGAACAUGGAUAUUGGGAGGUACUCAAAAAUAGCGACUUUGUUCCACAAGGAUCUGCGUCACAUACGGCAGUUGUGUGGCAAGAUUCAAUGUAUAUUGUCGGAGGAGAGUCUUUCAAAAAAGGACAAAUGUUAUAUGUUUAUGAUUUUAACGGUCGCGUAUGGGAAACUCCUCAUCUAAUCAGCAAGACAACUCCUACCAUAAGAUACGGUCAUUCAUCUGUACUGUUUGGUGAUAAAAUAUAUGUUUAUGGUGGUGUAAAAAUAGAUGGCACAGUGUGCAAUGAACUGUGGGCUUAUGAUAUUAGUGCCAAGUCGUGGGAAAAUGUAACGGUUAAUACUGGGUCAUGUGAACGUAACCUAGUCAACAUCGGUUUCACAAAUCAGGCGCUCUGUGGACCAUUGCGUAGUGCAGGACAUACUGCGACUUUGGUACCGCCUUCAUUUAUUCAGCAGACUUCCGGAUCCGGCAGUCGUUAUGUAACAGAGCGAAUGAUUAUUAUCUUUGGACAUUCCCCUACAUAUGGAUUUUUGAAUUUCGUACAAGAAUAUUAUUUUGGCACUAGAGAAUGGGCAGUUGUAAAAACCAAAGGAUAUCCAGUCAAAGGCGGAUACGGUCACAGCGCCGCCUGGGAUCCUGUAACUGAACGUAUACUUGUCUAUGGUGGUUAUGUGUCGAUGAGCCCAUUGCAAUCGGCAUUGUCCUCUAAGCUAUAUUCUUACGAUCCUUACACGCAUACAUGGUAUUUAAUGAGUAAUGGUCCGAGUGGUAGAUUUUUACACAGUGGUUCGAUGUUGGGUUCUUUAGGUGGUUUAAUGUUAAUAUAUGGUGGAAACAUACAUAACGAUACCGGAAUUAAUUCUCCAAUGGCUGGUGCUCAGUGUUAUGCAUCACAGCCUUUGUUAUAUGAUACUUACUGUGACUCUUGGAUACACAUGACAUUGCCCACAAAUCUAUUUACCAGCAUCAUGCGAUUUGGACACUCGGCUAUAACAUUUGAAAAGUCCACUUAUAUUUACGGUGGAUUUAACGGUCAAAUGCUUAAUGACAUAAUAAAAUUUACUCCUGGAAAUUGUUCGUCUAAUAAUAUGAUAACUAGUUGUUUAAAUAGUCACCAUUUUGGUGUAAAAUGUAUUUGGGAUAAUAAAAAAGCUGCUUGUUUGUCAUUCACCGAAAUCACUAUGACUACUCCAGGAUUUGAUUAUGAAUCGACAUACAGCCGUUGUCCAGAUGAAGGUCUAUCACAAGUCAAAGGCAUUUUAAUGCAAUGUGGUCAUCAAACUACUUGUGAAUCUUGCGUUCAUACCCAUCGAUGUGGUUGGUGUCCGUCUUUGAAUACUUGUAUUCACGAAAUUGAACAGUGUGCAACAAUGUUCAAAGAAGGCAUGGUGUUUAAUAGCGAACGUCCAAUAACGUCUGGAUAUCAGUGUAUGAAUGAAAAUGCUGACCACAUGCGUUGUAGCCAUCUCCAUUCGUGUCAGUCUUGCGUCACACAUACUGGAUGUCAUUGGAGUUCUAAUCUUGAAACUCCAAGUCCAGUGUGUACGCCCAUCAUUAAUCUUACUAUGGCCUACGACACAAAGUCACCAGACGUUUGCGAGAGUGUUUGUGAUCAUUACACAGAAUGUACAAAUUGCACAAAAGACGAAUGUAUUUGGUGUCAAAACAAUGAACGAUGCAUCGACAAAAAUGCAUACACAUCUUCAUUUCCUUAUGGUCAAUGUAGAGAGUGGACUACUGAUGAACACCGUUGUCGUCCAUCUCCCGUAAUAUUAGGUAAUUCUCAAUGCAAUUUCUAUCGCACAUGUGUUGAUUGUCGAGACGAUCCAGAGUGUGGUUGGUGCGACGACGGUUCUGGAACCGGUCUGGGGUCAUGUAUGGCAGGCGGUAGUACACCACCUCAAUCUUGCUCCUUAAACAAAUGGUAUUUCACACAUUGUCCUACUUGUCAAUGUAACGGUCAUAGUACUUGUAUGAAUAAUACUGAUGUCUGCAUACAUCCGUGUUCAAACUUUACAGAAGGUCGAAAUUGUGAAACUUGUAUUAAAGGUUAUUAUGGAAAUCCAAUUAACGGCGGAGAAUGCAAAGAAUGUCGUUGUAACAAUCAAGGAAACCAGUGCAAUCAAGAGAAUGGUAAAUGUUUUUGUACGACAAAAGGCAUUGUCGGAGACAAUUGUGAGAAGUGUGAUACGAAUAAUCAUUAUUUGGGCGAUCCCUCCAAUCAUGGCUCCUGUUUUUAUGAUCUGACAAUUGACUAUCAAUUCACAUUCAAUCUCUCCAAAAAAGAUGAUCUCAGAUUUACACAAAUUAAUUUUCAAAAUUCUCCUUCCAAGUCCGACGUUGAUGCUGAUUUUAGCAUAACAUGUUCGGUGAUGGCAAAAAUGAACAUCACAGUUAAGCCAGCAUACGGCGUAGAAAAAAUGGUACUGCCUCUUCAAAACUGUUCGAAUUUUAAAACUAAAUUCUUAAAGUCUGAUUAUAUGUUUGGCACUGACGGAAAUAUAACUCUAACAACGUUCUAUGUUUAUGUGUAUGACUUUAAACCUCCACUCUGGAUUCAAAUAUCGUUUUCUCAGUAUCCUAAAUUGAACCUACAACAAUUUUUCAUCACUUUCUCAUCAUGUUUCUUACUACUACUGUUAGUGGCCGCAAUACUAUGGAAACUCAAACAGAAAUAUGACAUGUAUCGUCGCAGACAGAGAAUGUUUGUAGAAAUGGAACAAAUGGCUAGUAGACCAUUUUCAGUAGUAGAAGUAGAAAUAGAAAAACGUAAUGCUGACACCAAUAGUCAUAUACCAACUAUAUCGGUUUCGAAUAACUUAAGAAAACGUAAAAUAGAUGUGCCUAAUCCUGUGGCCUUAGAACCCUGUGCCGGUAACAAAGCGGCAGUGUUGACAUUACUUGUAAGACAGCCUACUGGGAACGAUCAAUAUACACCACAUGGCCAUUCGGGUCUUGCAAUAGCAUCUGCUCUCGUAAUAGUUGGUAACGUUCAACAAUCCAAGACUAAUGGUAUAGACAGUAGUUCGCCUUUACCUGCUAAAGAAGAUGUCCGUUGGACAGGCAGAGGUUUGAAAGCCAGUCAACAUCCGAGUGAAGCACGCAUAUAGACAAAUUCUCAUUUUUAAUAUUUAAACUAUUUUUCUUAUAAUUUAGUUAUUGUUUAUAAAUAGUCCAACCUGAUAAGACUGAUGAAAUCGUAUAUUUAUAUGGAGCAUUUACUGAUGGUUGUUGACCAAUAGAUAUUUGAGAUUCAAUUUCUAAAAUUAUUAAUUAACAACUUCGAUGAGUGAUAUAAUUCUUUCUGAUUUUAUAUUGUUGUAAAUGACUUAAUCACUCGUCGUGUAAACUAUAUAAUUGACACAGCCUGCCUGAGAAGUGUGUGUUUCUCUGUUCGUGAUAAUUACAACUUAUUAAACUGUUCCAUUGUACAUCUCUAAUUGGUCAACAAUUUUGUGAUAUCAGUUCUAUAACAAAACAAUUUAUAUUUUGAUUUACUUAUCUCAUUAUUUUGAAACAUUAUUUAACAGAUUAUUCAAAACUUAGUAUACAUUCCGAUACGAAAAAAGUAACUGAAGAUAAGUAUUUAUGUAUCACUUCGUUUUAAUGGUAAUAAGUUUUUAGAAAUUAAAUGUAUUAAUGCACUACUGUGCUAGUAUUAGAUGUUGAUUUUUUUAAUAUAUAUUUACCAUUUUUUUUCUAAUGUGUUUUGAGACAUUUGGUCACUUACAUUUACGGACUUUAUUUUGGUCUCCAUGAUAACCUCUCGCUUUUAGAAAAUUCACUUUCCCCGUUCGGUAAUCAAGUUUAUGAUAUAAGUAUAUUCAUUGUUACUAUAAGUAAUUUUUUUCUGAAUAUGACAAUUAUUACUUUUACUAUGCUGAUAUCAUGUUCACUGGUUUAUGAAUGGAGACCAAAAAAACUAAUGUCAUAAACAUUGUAAAAGCUGUUCUCAUUAAUAAUCUUAAUUGAGAAUUUAUUCUCUAAUAAUUGUAUUAUUAUAUAUAAUAAUUAUUUUCUGUGAUUUUAGAUAUUUGCUUAGGUAAUAAUAUUGUUGAGCAUAUUGAUUUCUGUGUUAACUAUAUAAUGUAAUAUUAAUUUAUGUAAAUAUAUAACAUCCUCUUAACGCCUAAU